UCAAGCCCUGGCUCUUAGCAGGUCCUUUCCGGCGCGUGGUCGCGGUUCUUUUGAGGUGUAUUCGUAAAUGUUCGAUGCGCCUUGCUGCUCUUCUUCUUCUAACGCUCUCGGUGGGCGCCAUGCGUGACGUCCUGGAUGAGGAGGAGGAUGAUCCCAGAGCAGAAGCCUCCCAGAAGGCUUUGCUGCAGAUGGCAGACCGUGCGCGGCGGUCAAGCCGAGCACAGGAAGCCCAGGGGCGUCUACAACACGCAGAGGCCUCGAGCGACGAGGCAGAUGCAGACGCGGACUCGGAGGAUGAGGACGACAUGCGAGAAACCACAACGCCGCCGAGUGGCGAAGACCUCGACAGCGAGGACGAGGAUGGAGAUCCGGUUGAGAGUGACCGGGAUGCCUUCGCCAAGACGGCUGCCGACCACGCGGGCAUCGUGGGCGCCAUCGACGAGUUCGACAACGCUACAAAGGUGGCGCAGGGAAAGGCGAAGGAUGUUGACGACAAGUUUGCCCGCUACAACGGCAGGAUCGGAGAGCUGCAUGAGGAGCUGAACAAGCUCACCGCCACGGCCAGGAGUUACCAUUUGCAGACCAUCAAGUGGUUCAAGGAUGCGGAGAAGGACAAGUACUCGCCAAUCGUGAACAUGCCCCUGGACACCUUCAAGAUUUCCAAGAGCCCAGACGACUUCCCACUGGAGUCCGUCUCAGGGCCUUGAAGCUGAAGUGGCAGGCUUGUCACUACUGUUUCCAGCAGGCAACCCUGGGGUCAUGGCAAGCAGGCAGUGCGGAGGAGCAUUUAGGCAGUCUCACCUGGGCCAUGGACAGAUUUGCUUCCGGCCAGACCUGA